GAACUCUAAUAACCUAAACAAAGGAGAUGAUGGAGUCUUGAACGAAUCUUCCCAACCGGACCACAAUUGAAGCCGUUACUUGGUCAUAAGGACGAUUACAAUCACAUAGCUUUAUAAUUUAGGACUGCGGCAUGUCAGUUGAGUUUGUCCUCAAGUGAAGUACAUUGUAAUCUUGCUGAAAGCAAGUAAGAUUUAUCAUUUUUUACUGGGUAGUCUUGUUGAAGAAACAGCAGAGCUCACAAGCAUGGUGGGACAUCGUGUUCAUUCAUUGAAAAUGAUACGUUUUGGAAGUGAUGUCAUACUGCUACUGAUACAGCGAUACUUGUGUCUUUUAGAUGACCAACUUCCCAGUAGUCCCCAUCCUCACUGGCCUGAACCUGAACCUGAGCCUGAGCCUGAGCCUGAGCCUGAGCCUGUCAUCGUUCAGUGACAGUGUCACGAGCUCACUUCCACUUCUUCCAAACUUCCAUUAUUGUUCAAUUUUUACUGCUCAUACCAAAACCCUUCAACAUUUCUCCCUCUUCACUCUCUUCACUUCCAUUUUUCAACAUGAAAACUCACCACCAUCAUCCUAAACUCAAAACCCAACCACGUCCACUCUUCUCUUGUGCCUUCUUUCGUCAUUGCACUCAAUCUGUACUCAGUCCCACCAACUCUCAAUCCCCUCCUCUUCCUCUCACUCCUCAACAAACACCUCCUCCACCACCACCUCCGCUGCCGUCCCCACCACCACCAUUAUCAACCCAUCAACCUGAAUCUUCCUCCUCCUCUUCCUCCACCUCCCAAAGCUUCACUCAAUGGAAAUUCCCUUUCCCUCUCCCCGCUUCACCCAUCCACCCACAAUCACAACCCGACCCCAAGCCCAUCUCUCUCCCGCCUAAACCAUUACCGCCCCCAAUCCCCUACACUAGCCUCCAAGAACUUUUUCACCUAGCGGAGCUCCAACUCACUACUGGGUCUGAUUCCGAUCAACUCGCCGCGCUUCAUCUUCUAGAACGUUCCCUCGUACCGAACCCGCCUUCCGACCAGGCUUGCCAGCCCGAGUUGAUGCGCGGGGUCGUUGCCAAUUUGAAAAAUAAAGCAGGGGCAAAACCGGCAACUAAAGUUUUAUUAGCGCUUUGUCUUGGGGAGAGUAAUCGCCACGUGGCAGUGGAGGCGGGAGCGGUUGGGACGGUGAUAGAAGUGAUAGCGGAGCUGGAGGGUGCGGCGGGGGAGAGAGCUUUGGCUGCACUGGAGCUAAUGUGCACGGUGGCGGAGGGAGCGGCGGAGGUGAGAGCCCACGCGCUAUCGGUGCCGGUGAUGGUGACGAUGAUGGGGCAAAUGGCGGGAAGGGGGAAGGAGUACGCGAUAAGUGUGAUGGCUGUGAUUUAUGGGGGAGGAGAUCAAUUAGUGUUGGCAGCGCCGCCGGAGGAGGUAGCGCGUGCAGUGGCAUUGGCUUUGCAGGGGGAUUGCACUGCUAGAGGAAGGAGGAAAGGGGCACAGUUAUUGAAAGCGCUUAAUGAGUAUGGACGGGUGGAUUCGAAUGAGGAAGAACAUGAACAGCUGUGAUUGAUUUGUGUGCUAGGCCCAUCAUUAGUUCACGUACAG